AUGGACCAUGCCAUGUCGGAUCAGUUGGACGCUCACCGCAGGCGUCAGCCAUUGACCGAUGCUUCCAGCAGGAUUAAUCAUACCAAAGCCGCCAAGGUCGAGACACCUCGUGUACGUGUUGAGAACCGGGACCAUUUGAAGACUCCGGACCGUAUGUCCAUCGGUACGAGUUCGACUCCUCGAGACAACAAAGAGAACCAACGGUUAUCCGUAGCCACAGAAUUCCAGUCCGAAUCUGCCCGCAACUCGGUGUUGUCUGCUACAUCGAUUCUUUCCAACAGGGGCAAGAGAAAGACCCAUGUUGGACCGUGGCAGUUGGGCCGAACCUUGGGCAAAGGCGCCACUGGGCGUGUUCGACUUGCGAAACAUGCCUUGACAGGACAGACUGCCGCCAUCAAAAUCGUCUCCAAAAAGUCUGCUGCUAUGGUGCAAAGCGAAAGUAUUGCAGCAAUGGACCGAACUGCAAGCACCUUUACGGGGGCUUCAAAUGCUCGACAGAUGCCCUGUGGUAUCGAGCGAGAGGUGGUAAUCAUGAAGUUGAUUGAACACCCCAAUGUAAUCAGCUUGUAUGAUGUUUGGGAGAAUCGUGGAGAGCUGUAUCUUGUCCUAGAGUAUGUAGAAGGUGGUGAACUUUUCGAUUAUGUCUCCAACAAUGGACCUCUACCGGAAGAAGAGGCCGUGCGUUUGUUCCGUCAAAUCAUUGCUGGGCUAGGAUACUGCCAUCGAUUCAACAUCUGCCACCGUGACUUGAAACCCGAGAAUAUUCUCCUCGACGGCAACCACAACGUCAAAAUUGCCGAUUUCGGUAUGGCUGCACUCCAACCAGCAGGUCACUGGUUGAAUACCUCUUGCGGAAGUCCGCAUUACGCCGCACCUGAGAUCAUCUAUGGACGGAAAUAUCGUGGUGACAGGGCUGAUAUGUGGAGCUGUGGAAUCAUUCUGUACGCUCUAUUGACCGGCUAUCUUCCGUUCGAUGGUGGUGACCUUGCAAACACGCUGCGACUGGUCAAGAAGGGUGACUAUAUGAUCCCUCCGGAGCUGAGUGAUGAGGCUGCAGACCUUAUCCAGCAGAUUCUGCAAAAGCGACCAGAGGACCGCAUCACUAUGCAGGAGAUUUGGCUGCACCCGCUGCUCACCAAGUACGAGAAGCUCCACAAUGCAAUGGCUGACCACUACAUUGGGCCUCCCCCCCCUUUGUCCAUCAAGGACUGUGGAGAGCCCAUAACUUCUCGCCAAGAUGUCGACUUUGAUAUUCUGCGAAAUCUUCAGACAUUGUGGCAUAAUGUAAAUCCGGAUACCUUGAUUGAUCGAAUGAUGAGUCUCGAACCAACCCAUGAACGAAUGUUCUACAAUGCUCUGGUAAAGUUCCGGGAUGAGCAACUCGAAAACUACCAGGGUCAACCUUUGGAGUACUCUGCCAGUGAUUAUCACCACAUCUCUCGCCCUGGAGAUAGAGUCCGUCGAGGACGGAGUUCUUCUAAGAGACGAACUCAAGUCUCCGCUGUGAAAGAUCUCCAUCGUCGAAUAAGCGCACCAAAAGAGCCCAAGUCCAGCGCAAGCAUCGAGAGCUACGAUCCGUACCGAUCACCUAAGAUUAGAACUCCUGCAAAGGAGGUACAGUAUGCACAGAUCACCAUCCACAAACCAUCCGAGGUUCUAGAGCAAGGACAAGUCUCUCCAGUUGUGAAACCUCCACCAUCCAUCGUGGAGGAGGAAGAACCAGAGGAUACCCAGGAUGUUACGCCCUCACCCUUCACUGUGCUUCAAAAGCGCAAACACAAGCCCAACUCGAUGAGGUCCUUCCACUCAUCCAAAGUGCCCCAUUCUAGCUCGCGAUACCAUGGGUUAUCCACUCGAUCGACCAGCUAUCGGCGUAAUGUUUCGUUCCAUCACAUACGGAAUCGAUCCCAGGGAUCUACCAAGCCGAAGCGCAGAAGGACCAGCACCAACCAGCAGUCUGACCUCAAACGUUCGCCUAGUGCAGCCAGCUUGCAAAUGCUCGCCGAUGAACUCGUUGUGCCAGACAUCCCCAGCAGCCCUCCUCUUCCAGCUCAACCAACUGUUGUCCGCCCUAGCAGUGCCAAGGCUAAGAAUCUAGUCCGCGAGAGAAAGGUUCACCAGUCCGAUAUGAUCUGGACAGAAGAUGCUCGCAAGGUAUCAAAUGAGCUCAGCAAGAUCUGUGAAGAAGCAUUCAAUGGAAGCUCCCUUACGACGAUGCGUGUUUCUAGCUCUGCGACAGGUUACGAAACACCGGCAACACCUGCAUCAGUUUCGAGUCCACAGCAGCGAACUGCACUUCCUGUGACAGAAACAGCGGCAAUUCCAAGCGAAGUGCCGAAUGAGUCAGGUCAAUCGUACGGUAUCCAAGAGCUCACCGAGACUCGCCGAAAACUGGUUGAACACAGCAAAGCAUGCAGUGACAGUAUCCCGGCAUAUUUGACUGGGGUUAUUGGUCACCUCGACCGCUUAAUUGAAGAGGACCAGGUCCACGAUCAAUCACGGCGCAAGAUGGAGGGAAGCACAUCGACCCUUGUGGAUCCAUUCAAUGGAGGCACCGAAGACACGUCCCUUCCUGUGAUUAACGAGGAAUUCGCAAGCCCUGUCCGUGCCCCUUGCGAAUACAGUCCGAUGCCGAAGUUGCAGUCGAAGGCACGAGCAUCCACUGCAACGAGCCGUGUCAAUGACGCCAAAACCACCAUCCGAAUGGUCCCACACAGCUCGCUACGGUCGAUGGAGGAAGUUAAGCCGUUGAUGAUUCGCAAGAAAGUCGAAAUUAGUGAUUCGGAGGCCAUCAACAGCGAUUCCGCCGAGGCAUCGCGAAACUUCUCCCAGGGUUCCCGUCAAAGUCGCCCCCUCGGUGGGCUGGAUCCAAUUGAGGAGAUCCCAGUUUCCCCAAAGAGACCAGCUGACAAUAAAAAGUGGUCAUGGUUCAAGCACCGCUCGCAGGUUUUUGACAAUCCGCCAUCUCUGCCUGUCAAGGACAUCAAGCCUAUUGUCUCGGACAAAGGCUCAAUGAUUGUUAAUCCCCCACAGGACCUUUCCCAGACCGAUGCCUCAAUCCCUAUCAAUUGUCUUGAUGAGCAGAGAGCACCGACCCGCAAGUCAUCUAUGGAACGCUUCGGCGGCGGCUUCUUCAAGAGGCUUAUGCCGAAGAAGUCCAACAAGUCCCUCUCAUCCCACGAGACGGACAUGGAAAAGCCCAGGACCAAAGAUAUUCGAAACUCUGCAAUGCUCUGCAACGGCUUCCCGGACUCGGAGAGCUCCUUCGACUCGGUUAACGGUGUCAACCCCCCUCGAAACAAACGCCUCUCGCUUGCCAAUCAGAAUUGGUUUGCUCGAGUAUUCCAAAUCAAGCCAGCCUCUCGCGUGAUCGCCUUGAACACGUCUAAAAUCAAGGGUCGCAAGGAGAUCUACAAGAUGUUACGUGACUGGAAGGAGUAUGGAAUGGAGAACGUCCAUAUGGACAAGAGCAAUAGUGUUGUCCAUGGUCGAGUCAGCGAAGUCAACUUAUUUCACCUUCGGGAGGUUGAGUUCGUCGCAGAGUUCUACACUGUGCUUGAACAUGGUCGCCAAGCCAACCUCAGUCUUGUCCGAUUCAAGCAGGAACGCGGCGCUGCCUCCUCUUUCAACAAGGUGGUCGACGCCGUUUACAUGAUGUUGAAGAACCGUGGCCUAGCUGUUGAGGAUCCCGUCCGAGCAAAGAAGAUGGCGCGCGUUCUGGAAAUCAUGCCACCCUCACCUUGA